GCUGGCAUCCCACUACAAGAAAGGGGGCUUGUCUCAAGCUUUUUUGGUUACUGAGAAGCUGUUCUCGGAAGGUUUUGUGCUGGUGAGUGUGGAGGCCACAAGGACAGAAUAGGAUUUAGGUGGUAAUGAUGAGAACGUGAUAAAGACAUAGGGAGAGUGAAGGCAGAGACCAAGUCAGAAAUUUGGAGAAAGGGGCAGAGGAAAGCAGAAAGAUGCUGAGCGGCAGACAGAAAAGAUGCAGUUGAAUGGAGAGAGAGGAAAGGGGAGAGCAGAGAGUAGAGAGGCAAGGAAGGGGGAGCGAAGGGGCAGAGGAGAGAGACAAGAGGAGAGGACAAGAGAAAGGAAGCCUGGGAGGUGCAGGUUGAGGGGGAUUUGUCCAUACCCAGGAGAGAUGAUCACAGCUCAACCACACCAUCCCACCCCCAGCACCGUUCUCGCUUUCCCCAGCUCUUAGAGGGAACUCUAGAGAGCCCAAGGUCGCCCAGUCCUCUCAGUUGUCGCGCGCUGAAUGGCUGGCGGUCUACAGCAUCCCCGCCUUUGGCCACGCAGCCACAGGUCCGCGGUUUCCUGUGGCUGUCCCCCUCCGGAAGCCUGCUGGGACGCCUGGCACUCCUCUGCACCGGUCCCUGCCCGGCGCACCUUGCCGCGGCGCUCCUCCAUACUCCCCGGGCAGUUGGGCCCCUCCCUGAGCCCACCGGGGAGGGGACGCAGCGGCCUCCAGAGACGCCACCAGAAUCACUUCUCCAGACGGGCCAGGCCCGUCGAGAGCCCGGGAACAGGAUCGAUUUACACGGGGGUAUUAAUUAGUCUUUGAAGAACCGUUUGCCCACGUGCCAAUGUAAUUGUGUGUGUCAGGAAGGUAGCCACGGCCAGCCGCAGCCUUGCGGACAAAACGCAAUAAACACCUCGGUGCGGGCAAAUUGCGCUCUCCAGAGCGACCCCCGGUGGCCGGGCAGGACCUAGGACAGCGCCCACACCGUUACCACCCAGCGGGUCCCGGCCGUUCAGCAUCUUUGGUGAAGCCACAGCCGCUCCCAGUGUUCGCAGUCUUCAGAUUCUGGCCACCACGCCCCUCCUUCAGAAACUGGGACUGCCCGUGCCUUGUGUGUGGCUUUCCUUUUCUUCCGAAAGGCCAGUUUCUUAUCGCUCAAGUUCAAGUCAAGAGGACUUGCUCAGUCUCCUCCCCUUAAGUCAUUCGACCAUUCUCUGGCAACCGCGGAAAGCCGUGAGUCCUAGGCUGCUCGUCCCAGUGCCAGCACUGGCAGUUCUGGUGUGCCGGACGCAGCAACCCGGUGCAUCCGUCUCUCUCCCUCCCUCUCUCUUUUCUCUCUCCUUCUCUACUCCCCCCUCCUUCUCUUUGCUUCUUAAGUUUCCGGCACUGUGAACCCAACUGUGCCAAACCUUGGCUUCCGAGAACCAAUCUCGAGCGCGACCCAGGCACUAGGACACUGACACCGCCAAGGCUGGACCAGGCAGCUGGUCAGGUCCUCGCCCGGGCAUGGAGACGGAGCUCCAGGGACGGCACGUCCCGGGCGCUGGAGAGGCCAGGCCCUUGUAGGUCCUCCAUGGAGCCUGUUCAGAGCUGUCCCUGCUCGUCGCAUUCGCCUCCAGUCCUGUGCGGCUGCUGAGUGCGCUCCUUGCUCUGUAAAGUGGAUGCCAGGUGGAUCUAUGUUUUUGAAGGAACAAAGACUCAGCGAAGGCACCGCCAAGGAAGUUUGAAACGCGGGAGGAUGCAGGCUGCGUGCUGGUACGUGCUUCUCCUCCUGCAGCCCACCUUCUACUUGGUCACGUGUGCCAACUUAACGAAUGGUGGGAAGUCAGAACUUCUGAAGUCAGGAGGCAGCAAAUCCACACUAAAACACAUAUGGACAGAAAGCAGUAAAGACUUGUCUAUCAGCCGCCUCCUGUCACAGACUUUUCGUGGCAAAGAAAAUGACACAGAUUUAGACCUGAGCUAUGACACCCCAGAACCUUAUUCUGAACAAGACCUCUGGGACUGGCUGAGGAACUCCACAGACCUCCAAGAGCCUCGGCCCAGGGCCAAGAGACGGCCCAUUGUUAAGACGGGCAAGUUUAAGAAAAUGUUUGGAUGGGGUGAUUUUCAUUCCAAUAUCAAAACAGUGAAGCUAAACCUGUUGAUAACUGGGAAAAUUGUAGAUCAUGGCAAUGGGACAUUUAGUGUAUAUUUCAGGCAUAAUUCCACUGGUCAAGGGAAUGUAUCUGUCAGCUUGGUGCCCCCAACAAAAAUUGUAGAAUUCGACUUGGCACAACAAACCGUGAUUGAUGCCAAAGAUUCCAAGUCCUUUAACUGUCGCAUUGAAUAUGAAAAGGUUGACAAGGCCACCAAGAACACACUCUGCAACUAUGACCCUUCAAAAACCUGUUACCAGGAGCAAACCCAAAGUCACGUCUCCUGGCUCUGCUCCAAGCCCUUCAAGGUGAUCUGUAUUUACAUUUCCUUUUAUAGUACAGAUUAUAAACUAGUACAGAAAGUGUGUCCUGACUACAACUACCACAGUGACACACCUUACUUUCCCUCGGGAUGAGGAUGAACAGAGGGUGAGACUGAAACCUGAGGAAUUCAAGGUCAUAUGACAGGGCUGUUACCUCAAAGAAGAAGGUCACAUCUGUUGCCUGGAAUGUGUCUACACUGCUGCUCUUGUCGACUGGUGCAAAUAUGCUAGUGGAAAACAAUCUGAUGUAAUUUCUGCCCAGUCAGCUUCAUCUCUCAGCAUAGUUGUAAAUCACCACAGAUUUUAAAAUCACACUUGAAGACAUGCUUUCACAUAUAGAGGUACACAAACAUUCAUUCAUGCACAUUUCAGCUUGCAUUUAUCAUGGUUCUCAUUGAGAGGGCUUUCACAGUUGACUCAUAAUAUUUCAGGAUAAACUAUGCUAAAGUAAAAGGAUUAACUAGACAGAAUGUAUCUAACACUUGCUGUUAUGGAAAUCUCUUUCAAAGUUUUGAGUCCAUGUUAAUCAAUAAUCCCCACUCAUGCAUUCCUACUGCUUGGAGUAGCUGUACUGGUGAAUACUACUGUAGGAGUAUAUGCUUGUUAAAUGGAAAACAAAUGUGUCUUUAGAGCUCAGUAUUCUUUAUUUUAUGAACACAAUGAAGUGUAGUAACUUUUUUUUUUCCAGCCUAUAGCAGGCACAUUCAAGGUGAUACAGGAUGCUCUUUUUUUUUCUUUGGAGGGAGGAGCCUAUUCUCAAUAAAGAUGAGCAAACAUUUGGAACUUAUGGGCAGAAACUGGGAUGGCAGCUCUCUUCACUAUCACUGGACAUUGCAAAGUCAAGACCAACUAAGGCUGCUUAACACAAGUUCUGAUCAUUAGAUAAGAAGGAAAUGCCUGGCAGACACCACAUAGGUCAUAAGAGUCUGCCUUCUCUUUACUACACAUAUUGUAACAAAUUCAAUAUCCUAGUCUUCAUUUGUAUGAAUGGUUUGUAUUGUACAUAGGUUAACCAAGUGUUAUUUGAGCUGCUUAUUAAUAUUAAAUUGUACUUGUCUCUCUGCUUGUUAUUGGUUAAAAAAAGAAAAUAAAAACAAGGAUCUGAGGGAUCCAUUUGAUCAAUGUAGCUGUGAACUCCAUUAAAAAAGACAAACUUAAUGUACAAAGCAUCUAUUCAGCUCAAGAAUUGUUGAAAGAUAUACAUAUACAACAUGACACUGUCUGUAUUUAGAUAUUUUAUUUCUGGACAAAAAAAGAAAUGUACAUAAAAAUAAAACACUUAAAGUUGAGUUUCAA